CGUGGCUCGCAAAUUGAAAACGUUACAUUUUAUGAGCCGGAGAAAAACUCCCACGCGGCGUCGGCUAACAACGGAAACGUCGUCGUCGUCAUGGCGAGCUAACGGGAAUCGCCAAGUGGCCCGGAUGAGCGUUCAGUCGUGUCCGUACAUUUCCAAAAUGUCAACCGUCGAAUGUGACGUGUGUCGCAUUUGUCUGCACCGGCGAGGCCUCCUCGAUGUUGUCGUCGCAGGUGCGCCGACUUCGGUUGUUUUGUGUUUCGCUUCUCCGAAUGGCGCAGAACGCCACCUAGCUGCUUUCUGUUUGGAGGAAUGAAGGAGUUACAAUUUGCUUAGAUUAAAAUUUCAAAGCUCGUUGCUGAACCGCCCUCCACAACAUGUCCCAGGACAAGAGUGGCUACCCCACUAUGGGGGAGUCCAACCCACUCCACAACAACGUCUACGGCCCCCCGCAGCCGGGCUUCGGCAUGCCGCCGCCCAACUACAGCCAGGCCCCCGGGGGCCCGUACCCGCCGGCCGCCGGCUACGGCCAGCCGGGCUUCCCUCAGGCCGGCUUCGGCCCAGCUCCCUACCCGCAGAUGCCUUACCCCCAGAUGCCCUACCCUCAGGGGCCCUACCAGCAAGGACCCGGUCAGCCAGGCUUUCCCGGGGACCCCUGUGCACCCGGCGGCAGCCCCGGUUACCACGGCGACGUGCCUCCGACCUACUACGACAACGAGGAUUUCACCAACUCUGGCUUUGAGGACAAGAGCAUCCGACAGGCCUUCAUCAGAAAAGUGUUCAUGGUCCUCACCGUUCAGCUGUUGGUCACCUUCUCCUUCGUUGCCGUAUUCACCUUCGUGGACGACGCCAAGGUGUUCGUGCGCCGGAACCCGUGGACGUACUACAUCUCCUACGUGGUCUUCCUCGUGUCCCUCAUUGUGCUCAGCUGCUGCGGGGAGUUCCGCCGCAAGCACCCCUGGAACUUGGUGGCGCUGUCCAUUCUGACCCUGAGCCUUUCCUACAUGGUGGGCAUGAUCGCCAGCUUCUACGACACAGACGCCGUCAUCAUGGCCGUGGGCAUCACCGCUGUGGUUUGCUUCACCGUGGUCCUCUUCUCGCUACAGAGCAAAUAUGACUUCACUUCCUGUCAAGGCGUGCUGUUCGUGUGCCUGAUCGUCCUCCUCCUCUUCGGCAUCCUGUGCAUGUUCAUCCGCCACAAGAUCCUGCACAUCGUCUACGCCUCGCUGGGCGCCCUCUUGUUCACCUGCUUCUUGGCAGUGGACACCCAGCUGCUCCUGGGCAACAAGAAGGUGUCUCUGAGCCCCGAGGAGUACGUCUUCGCCGCUCUCAACCUCUACACGGACAUCAUCAACAUUUUCCUCUACAUCCUGGCCAUUGUGGGACGCUCCCGCGAAUGAGCCAGGAGGGAGAAUGUGGGCCCGGGGGGGGGGGGGGGGGGGGGUUCCUUCCAUUUUUGUUGUUGUCUCUUUUCCUCCCCUUCCUCCAUUAUGCUCUUUAAAUUAAUGAACUUUUUUCACCGGUGUCGCCCGAAUGGUUGGUCUCUCUCGCUUCUAACGCUCCCCGCGCUUCUACUAACACAAAAUAGUUGCCCGCCGGCAACGCCACCCAGUCGUCGACCUACGUUUUGGCUCAGCACGAGGGCGCGUCUUUUAUCCCGUGGCUGUUUGGCACGCAGAACUGGAACUAUCCCUCCUCCUGUAACUGCAUGGCAAUGGCAGAAAAACACAACGCCCGUUUCUAUAGGUACAAGUGAAUAGCUCUUUCUUGUUAGUCCCAGCUGUAAAUGGUUGCGUGUACCACUAUACUCGAAUGCCACUCUACACACAUUUGGGGAUGUGUUGCUUUAAGGCAGGGGUGUCCAGAACUGAAGGAUGCGUGGGCCAUUUUUGAUAUUUUACGAGCCUUUGGUUAAUUAAAGGUGCUAAAACCAAUGAAAUGUAGAAACAAAGUAAUUUGUUCUUAAUUGUUGCUUAACGAUGCACUAAAAAAAUUCGGUAUGUACCUUCAUGUUAAAACUCACGGUUUGGUACAAGAGUACAAAAUGCUGCAAAGUUUCCAGUGAAAAGUUAAAAAAAAACGGGAAUUGCUUGCAGUAAAUUCUCCAAUAAAUGAUUAUCAAAAAAUACAUAUAAAUUUACACUAUACAAUAAAAUACUAAAUAUUUAAUAAUAUAUAACAGCUUAAAUGUUUUCAUUUUCUGUAUAGUGCAACAUCAAUCAUGCCUAUUUAAGAAAUGAAUGACGCAGAAGAGUAGCUGUUUAAACAGAAUUGUUAAGCUGUAAAAACACAAAUGGCCUCCAUUCACAUUGCUGUGACAGCCUUUGAAAUGAGUUAACAAGUUUGACAUAUAACUCAAAAGCGUAUCGCUGAGCUGCACUGUGUUUGUUUUCGGAAAAAUCUACACGAGUCAUUUGGGGGUUUUAGUAACAUUUCCACUUUUUCCCCUUGUGAGCCUUUGCAUGUUCUGGCUGUUUUUCCAAAUUGUAUUUUCACAUUAUACCACUGGUCUUUAAUUAAAAAGGUGAAUAAUGGCCCCGCAGCCAGACUUAGGAUGCCCCUGCUCUGACUUUUCCAGCGUGGUAAUUAAACUUUUAAAGGCACGAGAAUGAUGUACGACAAACAAGCUUUCCUCAUUGUUAUUUUUUCCCCCUUUCUCUUCCUGCCUAGUCAUCGGCGCGAAGUGAACGUUUUUCUUUUUAGUGCUGUAUUUUUCAUGUUUCCAUUAGUGUGAAGUAUUGGUAAUGUGCUCGUCAUUUGAAUUAUUAUUAUUAUUUUUUUUCGGGGGUUUGGGGUGACUGUUAAUGAAGUUAGCUGAACGCUGGAUUCACACAUGCAGUGAAGACAAAAUGCAUGAUAACUUAUUUAUUUAUUGAGCUUCAUGUAGAUGACUCUUAAGUUACUGACUCAGAACUGGAAAUGAAUAAACACUGGUAACAAAGUCAGACGCAGUGAAGACAAAUGCAUGAGAACUUAUUUAUUUGAGUUUCACAUUUAUGACACUUGCGUUACUAACGCAGAACUGGAAAUGAUUCAACACUGGUUACAAGGUGACACUGAAGGUACUACUGCGGUCUCCCGCAGUAUUUUUAAUUCUCUUUAAUUUUAUUUGUCAUCCCGUGCAUGGCCUGUCGCAGGUGCAUUGUCAGCACAUGGUAAUUUUUUUUAAUUGGGAGGAUUUAUUUUUUGGGGGCAAAGAUGUUUGUAUCUAACGCAAAAGUGUAAGUGUACAUAGAAGUGCUUUGAUGUGUAUAGGCCUGGUACUCGUUUGGAUUGUAAUAAUGCAUUGAAUUUGAGUGGAACUGCAUUCCUCCUCACGCUGUCGGCUUUUCAUUAAAAACAUACCAUGUGGAA